AUGUCUCAUAAGUAGGGAGAGUAAGAGUCUUUCUAAGAAAAAAAUUGCAUGGGAAGAGCGGGCAAGUCUUUUAAGAAGAUGGAUGUUUACGGAGAGAAAAUUUAGCUAACUUACUAAGGCAGAGAAACAUUCAAUACAACACCCGGUGCUUCUGUUUCGAUUAUUGUUAUUGCUGUGAUUCUUGCAUACGCUAUUUACAGAGCUUUUAUAUUAGUUACUCUAGGAGAUACCCAAAUCAGUAAAAAAUCAUUUCUUAGAGAUUUAGAUACUGUGGGUCCCUUUUCACCUCAAAAUUAAGGAUUUGAUUUUGCAUUUGGUAUAGGAAAACCUCUAGACCCUACCUAUGGUAACAUAGGAGUAAGGUUGAUUAAUUUCUAUUAUACAAAUGAGACAGAUGCAAAUGGAAAUAAAAUAAGAAUAAAAGACAGGAUUAAUCUUGAUAUUGAUUUGUGCAAUAAUACUGGGUUUAACUUUACAGACUAGUAUUCAGUGAAAUAAUUUGGUAUCUUGAAUCAGUAUUGCCUAAAAAAUAAAUCAGCUUUUUUUCUGAAUGGAGAUUUUUAUUCUUUUAAUUUCACAUAUAUUGAAAUCAAGCUCAACCGCUGCUUUAACAGGAGUUCAUCUCCCAUUAUUUGUUAAGAUCCCUAAGUUAUAAAAGAUUUCUUUACUCCUUUGCAAUUUAGUGUACCUUAUGUCAAUACUUUCUUUGAUUUCAAUGACUAUGAUUAAUAAGUAAAGUACUUUAUAGAUGAUUCUCUAUUUUGGGAAUUAGAUACUAAUAUAAUAAAUAAGGUUAAUUUCUACGUUUAGAAAAAUGAGGCUUCUCUUUAAGACGAUUUCCUAUAGCUUGGUUAGAGUAAUGAUUAUGAUUUUUAUGGAGUCAGCAAUCAAAGAACCUAUCAAGAUAACUACUCAGAUAAUGAUGGCUACUACGCUGCUGUUUAUUUGCGCAUUGAUAAUAGAUAUGAUAUUUUUGAGAGACAGAUCUAUUCUGUUCUUCCGUAUCUUGGCGACGUUGGAGGUCUCGAAUAGUCUAUAUUCUUGCUUGGAAUGCUGUUUAUCAGCUUUUUCACCAAGAGAAUCUUCAACGCCUCUAUCUUGAAAAGGAUAUACUAAGUAAAGAACUAUCACUAGGAUGAAAUCGAUAGGCAAAAUGAAUUAGAAGAUAUCAAUUAGAAUCUAUCCAGCUAAUUCAUUAAGAAAUAAGGAUCAGAUCUAAAGUCAUCCUAUGAUUCAUUAAAAGAAAAAGGAUAAUCAAGAUCAAACCUUAAUAUGCCAAAUAUAAAGAAGUCAAGCUGGACUUAAUCAUAAUCGGAUGCUGAUAACGAUGAUGAAAAUCCGAAAUAAUAGAAAUUAAAACAUAAAAACAAUGACAAAAGGGCUUCUAAAUACAAGGUAGAAAGCUAGAUAACAAAUUAAGAUGGAGUCGAGAAGGUCGCGAUGGUAGGAAUGACUCCUAGACAAAUCACUCAUAGAUAAACAAAAGACUCAAAUCAACUGGAAAUCAAAAACUAUGCGAAAAAAUCUACUAAGGUUACUAGCUUCCUCUAUUAAGAUUCAAGUGUCAAGGCAUCUAUUCAGUCAAAAACUAUGAAGAAAAAAAUGUAGGGUCUAUAGUCAGAUGAAGAAUCAGACUAAGAUUCACCAAUAAAGAAAGUCAAGAGAGCCAUGAGUUAACAAAACCGAACUCCUAAAUCAGGGGAAAAACCUAACCUUAAUAUUAAUGUCUCUUAAGUUAAAAGAAAUUACCCCAGGUCAAAUCAUAGUGAAAGCAAUAAAUACACUCCAAGGUUAAAUAACACUAAUUUCUAGAAGAAGAUUAAAGAGGAUAAGACAGUUUCCUAGGAAGAUGUCAACUAGAUUUUGGCUGAUCUUAUUAAUAGACGUAGAUUUAGAUACACAAGCAAAGAUAUCCUCACAUAUUUGUUUUAAUGCCUGUGCCUUAGAAAAACGAGAACACUCAGAGAAAAUAACGUUUACAAGAACCAUUAUUUGUUUAUGAAGGCUUAAGAUAAGUUAGAUUAGGAAUUAGACGUGAUCACUUUGUUAAGAUCUCUUAGAAAACUGAGACUCAUGAAUUCUACUUUGUUAAAUCAAAAGAAUAGAAUGAUUAUGAGGUUCCAAAGAAAAAAUCUAGUCGAAACUUAGUCAUCCUCUUCGGACUCAGAUGACAAUAAGAAUGAUACCUUGAAGCAGAUGGAGAACUAAAACCCAAUGGUACGACUCAUGGUUUACGGCAAGCUCAAGAAAAUGAUGAUGUCUUAUGCUAAUUAGAAGUUGCAUACUAUUGACAGGAACCUCAUAAGAGGUAUAUAUCUGAGAAAGAUCAAAGAUUUUAAGGAGGAUAUGAAUGAAAAGUUUGGAAGCAAACAGCUUUUCACAAGACUAACCGGAAAAUAUCUAAAAAUAACAGUUGAACAAGAAGAAGGCUCACCAAUCCAAGAAACCAAAUAAGACCCCAAAAAGAAGAAGAAAAGUUCCAAGAAAUCCAAGGAAAGAAAGCCAAAGGAGGUUAAGGAAUUGGAGAGUUCUUUGAACCUUGAGGAUUCAAUGAGACGCCUCAAUGUUAGCAACUAGAUUAUAGAUGAAGCACUAGAAGAUUUCAGUGAAACUUGCCUUUAAAAUCAAUUUAAAAUCAAUGAAAAAGAUAAUAAAUCUCACCGUAAUAUUGGUAACUCUUCUAAUAAGAGGCAGAGGUCAAAAUCAAAACAAUAAUAACCAGUUUUUUCCUAGAAAGAAUACUUAGAACCUGCUCACAAGAAAAAUAAGGGAAAGUCCUCUUCAAUCAUUCAGGCAAAACUUAAGAAUUUAAGCUGA